AUGAUUGCCCCAGUUCUCGCUCGAAGCUCGCUGCAGGCAAGCCGCUCUGCCGUCGCUGCGUCGACGUCUCGCGCAUUCAGCACGACGAUGCUGCGUGAAAAGGACGUGAAGAACGUCACAGUCUUCGGAGGCGGCCUGAUGGGAAGCGGCAUCGCCCAGGUCCUCGCGCACAAGGGUGGCUACAACGUCACGCUGACCGAUGUGACGGACAAGGCGCUGACGGGCGGCAAGACGAUCAUGUCCAAGUCGCUUACGCGCAUUGCAAAGAAGCAAUUGGCCGACAAGCCAGCCGAGGAACAGGAGGCGUAUGUCAAGAAGAUUGUCGACUCCGUUCGCACAACGACGGAUGCAGCUGAGGCGGUCAAGGACACGGACCUGGUGAUCGAAGCCAUUAUUGAGAACGUUGGCAUCAAGCAGCAGCUCUUCGAAUUCCUCGACAGCAAGGCGCCAAAGGACGCCAUCUUUGCCAGCAACACGUCGAGCCUGAGCAUCACCGAUGUCGCCAAGACGACUUCGAGGAAGGACCGCUUCGGAGGUUUCCAUGCAUUUAACCCUGUCCCUCAGAUGAAGCUUAUCGAGGUCGUCAAGACUUCAGAAACGUCGCAAGACACUUUCGACUCGCUUAUCGAGGUGGCCAAGAAGAUGGGCAAAGUGCCCGUCGCAUGCGUUGACUCGCCCGGCUUCAUCGUCAACCGCCUCCUGGUGCCCUACAUGCUCGAGGCCAUCCGUCUCGUCGAGCGAGGCGACGCCAGCGUCCAGGACGUUGACACAGCCAUGAAGCUCGGCGCGGGCUACCCAAUGGGUCCCUUUGAGCUUUCGGACCUCGUGGGCCUCGACACGCUGAGCCACAUUGCAAAGGGCUGGCGUGAGAGCAGGGUCUCGACGGGCGAGAUCAGCGAGGAAAUUGUCAAGGAGAGCAAGCUGCUCGAGGACCUCGUCAAGCAGGGCAAGCUGGGAAAGAAGAGCGGCGGUGGCUUCUACCCUGCUUGA